CUUUAAUAAUAAUCAUAAUAAAACAAAACUACCAUCAGUUACCUCUCAGUCCCAUCCUAAUGAAGGAGCUUCGCCCUGACUGACUUUGGGAGAUGGGAAUACUCAAUAUAACAGACCAGCCCCCCCUGGUCCAGGCUAUAUUUAACAGAAAUGCUGAAGAAGUUCAAUUAUUGUUGCACAAGAAGGAAGAAGUCAAUGCACUGGACCAAGAGCGCCGGACUCCUCUACAUGCUGCUGCUUGUCUGGGCGAUGUCCAUAUAAUGGACCUCCUCAUUAAUUCAGGUGCUAGUGUUAAUGCUAAGGACCAUGUGUGGCUGACUCCACUGCAUAGGGCAGCUGCAUCCCGCAAUGAAAGGGCGGUGAACCUGCUGCUGCGGCAGGGCGCGGAGAUGAAUGCGCGGGACAAGUUCUGGCAGACCCCGCUGCACGUGGCGGCCGCCAACCGGGCCACGCGGUGCGCCGAGGCGCUGCUGAGCUCCGUGAACGUGGCCGACCGCACCGGCAGGACCGCCCUGCACCACGCCGCCCACAGCGGAUACCUGGAGAUGGUAAAGCUGCUUCUGAACAAAGGGGCCAAUCUGAGCGCGUGCGAUAAGAAGGAGAGGCAACCAAUCCACUGGGCUGCCUACCUGGGGCACCUGGAGGUGGUGAAGCUGCUGGUGUCCCGCAGCGCUGACGCCGUGUGCAAGGACAAGCGCGGCUACACGCCCCUGCACUCCGCCUCCGCCAGCGGCCAGAUCGACGUGGUCAAGUACCUGCUGCGGCUGGGGUCCGAGAUCGACGAGCCCAACGCCUUCGGGAACACGGCCCUGCACGUGGCCUGCUACAUGGGCCAGGAGGCCGUGGCCAACGAGCUGGUCAACCGCGGCGCCAACGUCAACCAGCCCAACCUGCGCGGCUACACCCCCCUGCACCUGGCCGCCGUCUCCACCAACGGAGCCCUCUGCCUGGAGCUGCUGGUCAACAACGGCGCCGACGUCAACAUGCAGAGUAAAGAAGGGAAGAGCCCUUUGCACAUGGCUGCUAUUCACGGCCGCUUUACACGCUCCCAGAUCCUCAUCCAAAACGGUGGAGAGAUAGAUUGUGUGGAUAAAUAUGGCAAUACUCCUCUUCACGUUGCUGCUAAGUACGGCCAUGAGCUGCUGAUCAGCACCCUGAUGACCAACGGUGCUGACACCGCCAGGCAGGGGAUGCUCGGGAUGUUCCCGCUGCACUUGGCCGUGCUCUUCGGGUUUUCAGACUGUUGUCGCAAGUUACUCUCCUCAGGUCAGCUGUACAGCAUCGUGUCGUCUCUGAGCAACGAGCACGUGCUCUCGGCCGGAUUCGACAUUAACACUCCGGACAACUUUGGGAGGACCUGCCUGCACGCCGCUGCCUCUGGGGGAAGCAUUGAAUGUCUUAACUUGCUGUUGAGUAGUGGUGCCAACUUGAGCAGGAAGGACAAAUUGGGAAGGACUCCACUGCACUAUGCGGCGGCGAAUGGGAACUCCACCUGCACGGUGGGGCUGGUGAGCGCCGGGGCCGAUGUCAACCAGCCCGACAGCCAGGGCUGCUCCCCCCUGCACUACGCUGCUGCUGCUCAGGCCUUCUGCAGAAUGGACAGAAACAGCACCGGGGCCAAUCAGAGUGAAGAAGAGAGGGGGAAGGAGACGUUUUUCUGUUUGGAGCACUUGUUGGAUAACGGCGCCGACCCGUCCAUACGCAACGUCAAGGGUUACAGCGCCGUCCACUACGCGGCUGCCCACGGCAACAAGCGAAACCUGGAGCUGCUCUUGGAGAUGUCCUUCAACUGUCUGGGAGAUGUAGAAAGCAGUGUUCCAGUUAGCCCCCUGCACUUAGCUGCCUACAACGGUCACUGUGACGCGCUGCGUGUGCUGGCGGAGACGCUGGUGAGUCUGGACGUGCGGGACGGAGGCGGGCGGACCGCCCUCUACCUGGCCGCCCUGCGGGGUCACGCGCCCUGCGUGGAGCUCCUGCUGGGCCACGGGGCCUCCUGCCUCCUCAAAGAGGGCCGCAGGAGGUGGACACCACUGCACGCUGCAGCUGCCAACGGCCACACAGAGUGCCUGCAUCUGCUGAUCGACAGCGGGGAGAAGGCCGACGUCACCGACGUCACGGACCUGCAUGGGCAGACUCCCUUAAUGCUGGCAGUGCUGGGCAGCCACUCCGACUGCGUGCACCUGCUGCUGGAGAAGGGGGCCACGGCCGACACCGGGGACAAGAGAGGCAGGACAGCCCUGCACCGGGGGGCUGUGAUGGGCUGUGAGGACUGUGUGCUGGCCCUGCUGGACCACAGCGCCUUCACGCUGUGCCGCGACUCACACGGGCGCACGGCGCUGCACCUGGCCGCCUCCUGUGGGCACGCAGAGCUGCUGGGGAGCCUGGUGCAGGCUGCCGGCCUGGCCGACCCCCUGGACUGCCUGCUGGACUUCAGCGGCUACACCCCCACACACUGGGCCGCCUACCACGGCCAUGAAGACUGUUUGGAAGUUUUACUUGAACACAAACCAUUUAGUAUCCAGGAAGGAAACCCUUUCACCCCAUUGCACUGUGCUCUAAUCAAUGGCCAUGAUGGGGCCGCAGAGCUGCUGGUGGAGAACGCCGGCGCCCAGAUCCUCAACAGCAGAGACGACAAAGGAAGGACCCCUCUCCACGCAGCGGCUUUCGGCGAGAACGUGGCCGGGCUGCAGCUGGCCCUGUGCCAGGGCGCCGAGGUCAACACCGUGGACCACGCCGGACGCUCCGCCCUCAUGGUCGCCGCCGACAACGGGCAGACCGCGGCGGUCGAGAUCCUGCUCCAUCAGGCCAAGGCGGACCUGAGUCUGCUGGACCUGAAUAAGAACACUGCUCUACACCUGGCCUGCAGCAAGGCUCAUGAGAUGUGUGCCCUGUUGAUUUUGGGGGAGAUCCAGAACCCUACCCUCAUCAAUGCAACGAACAGCGCACUACAAAUGCCCCUCCACAUUGCAGCGCGGAACGGCCUGGCGACGGUGGUGGAGACGCUGCUCAGGCGCGGAGCCACCGUGCUGGCGGUGGACGAGGAGGGACACACCCCUGCCCUGGCCUGCGCCCCCAAUAAGGACGUUGCAGACUGCCUGGCCCUGAUCCUCUCCACCAUGAAGCCUUUUCCUCCCAAAGAGUCGGCCGGCGCCCCCUUCGGCCUGAACCUGCUGAAGCACUGCGGCAUCGCGGCGUCCUGCGGCCCCCUGCCCAACGGCAGCCUGCGGCACGCCUACGGCAAGGAGCGGCACGGACCCCUGGGCCUGGACGGCUGCUUCUCCGAGUGACCCGGUGACCCCUCCAACACGCGAGCAGACAAGCGUUUCUGUGUGUAGGCGUGUGCGUGUGAGUGCGUGCAAGUCUGUGUGUGUGUGUGUGAGAUGUUCUGUAGGGGUGCAGUCAA